AUUUUACUAGUAAAUAUCUCUUUGGAUACUAUGUUCCUAAUACAAUACUAGUCCGCUGGGCUUGGAUCUACUUCGUCGAUGGAGAUGGGCGAAUCCCGACUAUCUCCGCCGCGGACCUCAUCGCGCCGCUGUAUCGCGGGUUCGUCUGCUUGGGUGCCUCUUCCAGUCGGAUUACCGGGUCUUCAGUAUGCAGACCGUGCUGACAACCUGGGUGCAUUCCUUCCACUCAAUGUAGAGAGCCGGACUUUAGAACCUAGCGAGAUGUUAGCACUGCAACAGGCGACUACGAGCGCAGAUUGCUCAACAGAACAAACCAAGGAUAUUGCCCCCGGACUGGGUACGAUGGAGCAAGAUACUGCUAUCUCCAGUUCUGAGAUGAAAAAUAAACCGAAAACCCGGUUACAAUCACUACCGGGAUCCCAUUAUCGGGCCGCCGAAAUCACCAAGCAAAAAGGGAAGGCUAUCAAGGUGAAGGUAGCCAGAAGAGAUGUAGCAGAGUCAGCCUUGGAGACCUUCCUAUGUGGAAACCGCGAAGGGUCUAGAGUUGCUCCCCUGUUAGAUGGGAUUCGAGAUCUUUCCAACAGCAAGGCACAUGGGAAAAUUGAGAAUGACGAGAAUGCGAAGGGUCACAUGGCAGAUCAGCAACCAAAGUCCAAAGAAAAGAAGCCAGGAAAUCAUACUGGGUUAUCCAAACAGCUCAUGUCAAAUAUGCAAUCUGGCUCAAGCAUCCCAUCGAUCCCGCUUGCCCCGCUAACGAAAGAGCAACUCAAGUCGCAGUGCUUGGAACUUCGCGUUGAGAUCUUAGGGCUUAAAACGCAGCUGCUUGAAAAGACUGUGAUGGAACUCGCGAGCCAUAAUGAUGUAUUAAAGGCUCAUGUGAGUGAGCUCGGAAAGAAUCUUCAAACUCAGGAUUGGAUGAUAAAGGGGAAACAGAGAAAGCACGAUAUGGUCCACGACGCCGCUGAGCAACACCAGGUAAAGUUAGAUGAUAUGCGUUAUCGACUUCUCCGAGAGAGCAAGAGAAAACAGGCCAAGAAGGCGAAAGAAGGGAAAAGCAGCAAGAAGUAUCAAAAAGAAGCCAUCAUCAUUACGGGUAAAGACACUGCCUUGAGAAUGUUUUUCUACACGGUGGUAUUCAUGGCUAUGGGCAUCAUCAUGUUUCCGAUCGUCAUGCUGCUCAUGCUCUUUACAUAAUGACUAUAUGCCCGUACAUAGCAAACCAAAGAUAGCUCCGUACCAAGUGUGAACUUCUACAUAAGCAACUGCUCAGGCAAGUUCAUUU